AUCGAGUGCGAUCCAGCUGCGAAGUUAGACCCAGUCACGAAAGUAGGUGACCCCCGGCAGAAAUCGAAAAUCAAUAGAGCGCGGGGAGUCGAGAUGGGAAGAAUCGCGACGGUAGGGUAGGCGUAGGUCUGCGCCUCGGCGUUUCGAGGUUAUGUCGCGUGCGUCCGAGCGACGACUCGUUCCUCUCCCGCUUUAAGGUUAAUGGCUCGCGAGCGCCUAGCCGAACGACGGCGACUGCGACGGGUGGUCCGUGCGUGCUAUUUUCGUUCCAGUGAAAAGUGUUUAUUCUUGCCAGUCGUCGUGGGCGCCGCGCGUUACGCAUUAUAAUGUAUCUGAAUGCGACGGGGAGCCACGAGAGCGCCGUGAGAUAGUAGACAAAAAUGGGCAGGAAGAAGGCAUCGUCCAAGGGUAAACAGCACGGCUCGUCACCGCAGCAGCGGCAAAUAUCUGCGGCGAAGAGGCACGAGCUUAACGCCCUAUGCAAGAAACUCUUUCAUCUGAGCAGCAAUCCGGCGUACGUGACGCAAUUAUGGAACAACUACUUGGAUAUAUCGGAAGUUCUGCUGAAGGUUAAACGCCUGGAGGAGAUGAAGACGGAGUCGUGCGAGCGAUCCCAGGGGAUUGAACAGUUCACGAAUUGGCUCGUGGAGAACGGCGUGCGCAUGGACGGCGUGAGCAUCGCCGAGUUCCCAGGUUGCGAUAUGGGACUGAAGGCGGAGGCGGACUUCACCGAGAACCAGCUGAUCCUGGAGAUACCGCGGGCGCUCAUCUUCAGCACGUGCACCGCGGCGCCGGAGUUGGCCGUUCUGCAAAAUGAUCCGCUGGUGCAGCACAUGCCGCAAGUGGCAUUGGCGAUAGCGCUCCUCAUAGAGAGAUUCAAGGAGAACUCCACGUGGAAGCCCUACCUGGAUAUGCUGCCAAGCAGUUACAAUACGGUUUUGUACAUGAAGACCAACGACAUGAUCGAACUCAAGGGCAGUCCCACGCUAGAAGUUGCAUUGAAGCAAUGUCGGAACAUCGCGAGGCAGUAUUCCUACUUCAGUAGAUUGUUCCAGAACAACAAUAACGCCGUCUCGGCGGCACUCAGGGAUGUUUUCACCUACGAGAGAUACUGUUGGGCAGUUUCCACGGUGAUGACGAGGCAGAACUUAAUCCCUAGUUCCGACGGCACGCGGAUGAUCCAUGCUUUGAUCCCGAUGUGGGACAUGUGCAACCACGAGGACGGCAGGGUCACGACGGACUUCAACGCGACGGCUGAUCGUUGCGAGUGCUACGCGCUGAGGGGUUUCAAAAAAGGGGAGCAAAUAUUCAUAAGUUACGGGCCGAGGACGAAUUCCGACUUUUUCGUGCACUCGGGCUUCGUCGACAUGGAUAACAAACAGGACAGCUUCAAGCUUCGUCUAGGCAUCAGCAAGGCGGAUCCUCUUCAGAAGGAGCGUAUAGAACUAUUGAACAAAUUAUAUCUGCCAUCGGUGGGGGAAUUCCCGCUGAAGCCGGGCACGGAGCCCAUCUCCAACACGCUGCUAGCCUUCCUGCGGGUGUUCAGCAUGCGAAAGGCCGAGCUCGCGCAUUGGCUGCGCUCCGACAAGGUCUCCGAUCUGAAGCACAUAGACUGCGCGCUCGAGACGGUCGUCGAGGAGAACGUCAGGAAAUUCCUGCUGACCAGGCUGCAGCUUUUAACCGCCAAUUAUCCGACGACACUGAAGGAAGAUCUGGAGUUGUUGGAGACCACGUUGCCGCAGAUGAAGAGGAUGGCGGUUCAGCUGAGGGUCACGGAGAAGAGGAUCCUCCUGGGCGCGCUCGAUUACGUGGAGCAGUGGAUGAAGGCCUGAAAGCCAGGUCGGCUGUGGAUGGACGGGUGCGUCUCGGCGAGGAUGUCGGGGAGAAAGAGAGAGAGAAAGAGGUAGUCACUCUUACUAGAUGACUAAAGGCAUCUCGAGAGAAACCCAAUUUUAUUUUUACAAUACUUCUGAGAACGACGAUUUCAAGUAUAAAAGUAAAAUAUAUAUAUAUAGAAGCGGAUGAAUUAUCGUAUGUAUAGUAGAGAGUACGACUAUUGCCUAUUAAAUGCGAGACUGCUCCACGCGCGCGCGCGCGCGCGUGUGUGUGUGCGUGGACGCGCACGUUUCAGUUGCGAGAGGAUUGCGUAUAAAAUACAGAGAGAACUUCGAAGAGAAGAAUCGCGAUCUCGUCGUCGAUCGUAUGCACGUCUACGUGAGUGAUAUACAGUGUAAUUGUACAAUAAUCGCGCGCGCUCGAUAAAUAUCAAUCUCGAUCAAACUCUCGCCUUCCGCGAGAAAAAGGAUCCUCGAGCGCGCGCAGCUUGUUCGCGCCUGCUCCUCCUCCUUGCGAGACGAAUCGAACCGCCGACUUCUUCGAGCGAUUUUCAGCGUUCUCCGGUUAUUUGAGAACGAUACUUUGCUCGCCGCUUUGAUAUAUAUACACAUCGUGAAACACCGUGUGUGUGUGUGUGUGCGUGACGUAUCUGUAUGUACAGAGGAGGGAGUAUUACUUGUUGAUGAAUAUUUAUUUUUCAAAACGAGAAGUACACGUAACAGAGCUGAGAUUCUUCAUGUAAACUAUAAUAAUAAUAAUAAUAAUAAUACCGUAGGCCUACGACACGUUAGACUUACAUACGCUUGUAAAACUGUCUCCUGACGACGCUGAGCGAGAAACUUGAACGCAGGAAGAAAAACAAAUAAAUAAAAUGCGACCAUGCGAGGUGCGUCACCAGAUAGAUAUAUCCGUACGAUGCAAAAUCAUCGUCAUCGCGUUUAACGCGGCUCCAUGUUUCACGAAAACAGAUCUAUGUGUUAUUACUGUAUUGAAUGUAUUGUAAAUCGAAUGCGGGAACGAUGCGCGCGGUAACCUUAGGAGAAACGAAUGGAAAACACCAGAUUUCAAAAAUUAAUUAAUUCAAAUUGAAUAAUCGUAGCAGGACGACACGGUCAGGCUACAGCAGGAUAGCUCGCUUUUUCUAAAAUAUACUCCGACACAGAAAUGAUUAAAACGAGAGUUACAUAAGUAUACAUCGCGCAACGUAUACAUAAUAUAUGUAUAUAUUAUAUAUAUAUAUAUAUAUACACACAUAUAUAACGAAGUUGAAAUCUGAUGUGAUCAAUAUGUAUCUUUACAGACGGUAAGGGAAUUCAUUCACUCUGCAUCUGUGAUGCAAAUUUUUUCGAACGGGUAUUCCGCAUGAAACCGCGCAUGUGAUAGCGGAAUGUAUUCGCAGCGUUCAAUUUGUAUAUUUCGUCUGUAUAUUUCGAGGCUGUUAAAGGUGUAAAUCAAUCGCGCUGUCGUCGGAAAAAAAA